AAGGGCCUCAAGGACGACCUGGAGGCCAUCGUGCACUUCGAGAAGAAGAGCUGCCCGAAGGGCAGGCUGACUGACACUGCCCAGUCCUUCUACGACGCGAUCCAGGCGCUCAUCCCGAAGAUGAUGGGCGCCGUCAGGGCCAAGGCGGACGGGGGCGCGACAAAGUCGGAGAUCAAUGAGGCCAAGAAG